AUGCAAAAGACGRAAGCAGCGCUCAGUGGCAGCCAUGUUGGUAGUACUUCAAGAAAGGAUGAUCUUUCUGAGCCGGAUAAAAUUGCAAGUCACUUCGUCAAGGUUUGUUCAGGGGUCAACAAUGAUAAAGAAGCAAUCAGUACAUGUGCAGAUGCCAUCUUAGGAUCAGCGUUAAGAGCAAACAUUCAAGAAGCAGGACUUGCUAACUCUAUCCUGGUUUAUUUGGGCUUCUUGAAGAGUGAAGAUAAAGUACAGCCUAUUAAAGACCUGAGUGGUCCUCUGGCUGCUUUAUGUCAUGCAGCACAGCAAGAAUACUUUACCAAAACAUUAGCUUCCUACUUUAUUGCAUUCAUGUCAAGACCAAGUAAAAUACUCGAGCAAUACUCCAUCCAACGGCACUGCCUGUUGCAGUUAUUGUAUCAACUAUAAUAUCGACUGGCGACAUAUGCUCUAGAUUUGUAACACCUGUAUGCACCUCUCU